CAGCCUCGGAGGCUCACGGGGAUUGAAACGUCAGAUUUGCAUGGCAGCCUCCAGGAAGCGCUGAAGUCAGGGAGGAAAAAAGAUCAGGUACUGCUGAGUUAAUGAAGAAAGGAGCUGAAUAGUAUUUGUGCUCUCAAAAGCUGGGAAGCCUGGGAUUCCAAGGAAGGACUACCCAGGACAGAAUAGGAACAUGGCUCCAAAGAUUACUACAGAGCUGCUUCGUCAGCUUCGGCAAGCAAUGAGAAACUCCAAAUAUGUUCCAGAGCCAAUCCAAGCCUACAUUGUGCCCUCGGGAGAUGCACAUCAGAGUGAGUACAGUGCACCCUGUGACUGCCGAAGAGAGUUCAUCUGCGGGUUUGAUGGCUCAGCAGGAACCACCAUUAUAACAGCGCAGGACGCAGCCAUGUGGACGGAUGGGCGCUACUUUCUCCAGGCCGCUGAACAAAUGGAUACCAAUUGGACACUCAUGAUGAUGGGUCUGAAGAACACUCCCACACAGGAGGACUGGCUUGUGAGUGUUCUCCCUGAAGGUUCCAAAGUAGGAGUAGAUCCUUUCAUUAUUCCAGCAGAUCAAUGGAAGAGAAUGUGCAAAGUUCUGAAAAGUGCUGGACAUGCUCUUGUGCCAGUCAAAGACAACCUGAUUGAUGUCAUAUGGGCGGAUCGACCACCACGACCUUGCAAACCCUUGAUGACACUAGGCCUGAGCUACACAGGGAUGAGCUGGAAAGAUAAGAUCACAGCUCUGCGGGGGAAAAUGGCUGAGAGGAAGGCUCUGUGGUUUGUGGUGACCGCCUUGGACGAAGUGGCUUGGCUCUUUAAUCUCAGAGGUUCUGAUGUUGAAUACAAUCCAGUGUUUUUUGCUUAUGCCAUCAUAGGGACCAAUACAAUCAGGUUGUUCAUUGAUGGCGAUCGCAUGGCUGACCCAGUUGUGAGAGAGCAUCUGUUGCUGGAUUCUGCUCAGGACCCUGAGUCUAGCAUCCAAGUAUUGCCAUACGACUCCAUCCUGACGGUUCUGAAGUCCAUCUGCGACAGCCUUUCUCGUCAUGAGAAAGUUUGGCUUAGUGACAAAGCCAGCUAUGCCCUGACCCAGGCCAUCCCCAAGGAUCACCGCUACCUCACCCCCUACACUCCCAUCUGCAUUGCAAAAGCUGUGAAGAAUGCAUCAGAGGGAGAAGGCAUGAGGAGAGCUCAUAUUAAGGAUGCUGUUGCCCUGUGUGAGUUAUUCAACUGGCUGGAAAAAGAGGUUCCCAAAGGGAAUAUUACUGAAAUAAUAGCAGCAGACAAAGCAGAGGAGUUCCGUAGACAGCAAAAAAACUUUGUUGACUUGAGCUUUGGUACCAUUUCAAGUACAGGCCCCAAUGGUGCUAUCAUUCACUACAAGCCUACUCCUGAGACAAAUAGGACUUUAUCCAUGAAUGAGAUCUACCUCCUGGAUUCUGGUGCUCAGUACAAGAGGGACGGAACUACAGAUGUGACAAGGACUAUGCAUUUUGGCACCCCAACAGCUUAUGAAAAAGAGUGUUUUACCUACGUGCUGAAGGGUCACAUAGCUGUCAGUGCAGCCAUAUUUCCUAACGGAACCAAAGGUCAUCUCCUGGACUCCUUUGCUCGGUCUGCACUGUGGGAUCAAGGCUUAGAUUACUUGCACGGCACAGGACAUGGAGUUGGUGCUUUCCUAAAUGUCCAUGAAGGUCCAUGUGGAAUUAGCUAUAAAACGUUUGCAGAUGAACCUCUGGAAGCCGGGAUGAUUGUUUCUGAUGAGCCUGGUUAUUACGAGGCUGAUUCUUUUGGGAUCCGAAUAGAAAAUGUUGUCAUUGUCAUUCCUGUUAAAACUAAGUAUAACUUCAGCAACAGAGGGAGUUUGACUUUUGAACCUUUGACCCUGGUUCCAAUCCAGACCAAAAUGAUACAUGUUCAUUUGCUGACCCCAAAAGAGUGCGACUGGGUGAAUGAGUAUCACAGAAAAUGCAGAGAGGUAGUUGGAGCAGAACUCGAGCAACAAGGACGACACGAAGCUCUCCAGUGGCUCAUUAGGGAAACGGAGCCAAUCUCCAAAAUGCACUAACGGCAGGGUGCCUCUCUCUCUUUCUCUUUUGGAGUGUGCGUGCGAAAGUAAUUCCUUUUUUUAAAAAUUGCAAGCGCAGUAUUGGUUCAGCUUACAAUAAUCUACUCAGUGCCACCAUGUCUGGGGAGGGAGGGUGAAGAAGAGGAUGUGAAAAUCCUUUCAUAAUGAUCAGGACUGGGGGAAAGAACAGGGGCAAGGUGGAAGUGGAUUUGUGGGCGCAUUUCUUCUUUUGUCAUGCUUUUCUUAUUUCCUUGAUAAUGAGUGAAAAUAAAAUUGGAGCUAUGGAAUUUGUAUCUUGCAGGAUUGUUCAGUGGAGAACAGCAUGGUAUCACUGUGAAAGCACACUGGAUCACUGGAUUCUAUUGUUUAUGCAACCUCCAAGCUUAUAUAACUGACCAAAUUACCUGGGAGUGAUGUAAAUUGAUAAUUGUGACAUCCUGGCAAAGUGCUGUGCAGAAUAUUGCUAUGCAUCAGGUGCCGAUGUGUGGUAAAAUGAUCUUCUGUAUGGGCUUUAGGGUUCCUGAGAGUCUUGUGUUCAGUAGGACCCUAUAUUGAAAAGUUUUGAUGCCUUGCUUUUCUGCAUUUCACACUUUAGAAAUGCAGCUCAGCGCAAGUUCACACAUACACAUUCAUUCUUUAGUGACUCCAGCAUCAAGUGAUGUCUUGCAACUGUGAAAGGGCCAUGACAGAUCAACGGCCACACAGCUCAAUCCAUGUCCAUUCUGAAGUAAGUUCCACUAUGUUCAGUGAGUCUUGCUCCCAGGUAAAUGUACACAGGAAUGCAGCCACAUAUAAGAAUGUUUAGAUAGCCUGAACAUCAUCUCAGCUCACCUUGAACAAAAUGGUUGGAUCAGUGGAUGCCGUUCAUAAAUUCAACUGGGUGUCAUUGAGCAAUAAGUGAUGGGAAGAGGGACCUGCCUCUGUUAACCAGCUCCGACUUGCAAAGUCUGUAAGUUGCUUCUUGUGAUGAAAUUUUGGACAUCUGCCAUGUUUAAGUGCAAUGUAAUGUAACAGUAGCCACCUGAGUGUUUGUUACCCCCCACCAACUCUGAGGGCGUGGGCUUCUGGGUGUGAACAUGAAGCAAACAUUCAUGUUGGGCUUGGAAAAUGCACAAAGCAGCCUUGAUUGUCUGAGUGAAUCUUCUACACAGCUAGGACCAUGUUUUUCCUUUGCCCAUAAGCAAGAACUGCAGGUGCCAAUAAACAUAGUAUACUCUUUACUGCUGUGUUCAAUCAUACAGACUGUGUGAUAAGGUAAAAACAUAUAGAUUUCUACAAUUGAAAGUAGGCUGUGAAAUCUCCAAUAAAUUUUCUUAAUUUACAUACAAGUUGGUGGAGUAAGAAUUUCAUUUAAAAAUAUAUAUAUUGUAUGGGUGUGCAGUAGGUGUGUAAGAGAAAAAAACUCUUCAGUGCUCCUAAGAAUAGUUAUGGCUUAAAUCUAAUGUACAUUUACUUUGGAAUGGGGGGCCCCUUAGCUACUCAGCUAGAAGGUUCAAAAGCUGGACAUAAC